GAUAAGUCCAGGUAAAGCAUAUGUUUUCAGCAAGACUUAACCCCAAGGAGUUAAAGAAUUAGGAAAACGGCAUGAGAUGUAGGUGGCUGUGAUGCAGUGAUAAUUGCUGGAACAGAAGACAGCAGGAGGAGAAUGACCCAUUAGUAGGGGUGGCCCAGGAUGACUAACCCAGCUGUAGCAUUCUGAACAUAUUAGAAAUCACCUGGGUGUUGGGUUUUAUCAGAUGAGAAGGAAGUUGCUGGUUAGGAUGAGAAGGGCAGGAGUCAAACACACUGAAUAUUUUGUCAGAAGAAAUAGCAGAAUUUUGAUGUGCUCUUGCAUUUUCUGAGAGGAAAUGAGGAUGUAUCCACCAGCAAAUAUACCAGGAGAAAAACUGAAUUGUUGAUUUUUGCUUUCCCUGUCAGGAAAAAGAGAUGAUGGUUUUACCCUUUGCUGUGUAGGGUUGAUGCACUUAAACUUUUAAUGUUCUUUGUGGGACACUGCUCAUACAGUAUCUUAGCUUGCGCUGGGGAUUGAGCUCUGUAUUUUACCAGUCAGGGAAGUAAAAAAAUGGAUGCUGGAAUUAGUUUGACCUUGAGUUUUAUCUUUACAAUUAGCCUUGCCUUGAGUCUGUGCAGAGUAUUGCUGAAGUUUUGACUGCAAACAUUUUAUUUCCUUUUAAGACAGACUUUAUGCUAUGUGUUUUGAAAUUCACUGUGAAUAAAUGGUACUCAUUGGUAUAACUGUAACGCAAUCUUGACCUGCAUGUAGCUUUCUGGCCUUUAGGUGUUUUGAAAGUGUCUUUUUCCAGAGGAGACAAGUAACAGAAAACCACCUGAAUGCGAAGUCUUGCUGGCUUUAGAGAGCCAGAAGGUACAAGUAAUAGAAAACCACUGGUAUGUGAAGUCUUGCUGGCUUUAGAGAGCCAAGUGGGACAAAAGGAAUAUGAAGCAUGUAUUUAGUUUAGAACAUAAUACAAACCAUUGCAAACCUUGAAAGAAAGGGCCUUUCUUUAAGUAUGCAAAUUGCUUCUCAGUCUUCACGUCACAGUAAUAUUACCCUUUAGGUCAGAUGUAAAUUGUUUUCCUAAACAUCAGGCUUGUCCAGAUGUAAAACUGACGUGAUGUGACCUCUCGCUACAAGUAAGAUCAGUGGGGGUCUCACUGUCACCGAGUAUAAAUUGAACUCCUCAUGGAAGAAUUCGGGUUUGGUUUUCUUUUGCUUUAAUUUACUGUAAUUAUCCAAGAGCAGGCAUAGUAAUAUGACACUGGUUUAAGUAAAGGUACUAUUAGUAGGGGAGGAAAGAAUAACUAGCAAGUUCUAUCAGUUAAGAGCUGGAGCAAAGAGGAACAGAGGUGUAGCAGUUUGCAUAAUGCUAUAAGUGAGCUCCUGAAAUCGGUGGUUUGGACGACAGCACAGAGAUUGUAUCUCAGCGUGGUGGUUUUAUCUGUGACAGCAUGUGCUACAUUAACGAGUGGCCAAAAAGGUUUCUGAAGACAUUUAUUCAACAGUACAGUGAUUAUCAGGUCAAUCUAUUAAUUGACAAUGAAGCAGAGAAGGAUUACCUUUAUGAUGUGCUGCGGAUGUACCACCAGUCUAUGAAUCUCCCAGUGCUUGUGGGGGACCUAAAACUCGUGAUUAAUGAACCAAGCAGGUUGCCUCUGUUUGAUGCUAUCCGCCCACUCAUCCCAUUAAAACACCAGGUGGAAUAUGAUCAGCUUACACCCAAACGAUCACGAAAGCUGAAAGAGGUGAGAUUGGAUCGAUUGAAUGCUGAAGGGCUUGGAUUAAGUGUAAGAGGUGGAGUGGAAUUCAGCUGUGGCCUCUUCAUCUCCCAGUUAGUUAAAGGAGGACAGGCAGACAAUGCUGGACUUCAGGUUGGGGAUGAGAUAGUGCGCAUAAAUGGAUAUUCCAUUUCGUCAUGCACACACGAAGAAGUCAUCAACCUCAUUCGUACAAAGAAAAUUGUGUCCAUAAAAGUUAGACAUGUUGGCAUGAUACCUGUCAAAAGUUCACCAGAUGAACCCCUUAAAUGGCAAUAUGUGGAUCAGUUUGUGUCAGAGUCUGGGGAAGGAAAGGGCAGUGUUGCUGGACUUGCCUCUUCUGGAGGGAGAGACAACAAAGAGAAGAAAGUCUUCAUUAGUUUGAUUGGCACAAAAGGUAUGGGAUGCAGUAUUUCCAGUGGUCCAACACAAAAACCAGGCAUUUUUAUCAGCAAUGUUAAGCCAGGUUCUCUUUCAGCAGAGGUGGGCUUGGAGGUUGGUGAUCAGAUUGUUGAGGUGAAUGGAGUGGACUUUUCUAAUGUGGAUCAUAAAGAGGCUGUCAGAGUGCUCAAGAGUAGCCGUACUUUGACUAUCUCUGUGGUAGCAGGCGCUGGCAAGGAGCUGUUCAUGACUGAAGAAGAAAGGCAAAGAGAAGCACGUCUCCGUGAGCAGGAACGCCAGGAGUUAAUGCAUCAGAAGCGGCUUGCACUGGAGACCAACAAAAUCAUCAAAGAGCAGCAAGAGAAAGAGAGAUUAAGAAAGCUGGAGAUUUCCCAGAAGGCUGCAGAGGAAGAAGAGAGAUAUCGCAGAGAAAUAGAGCAGAUAACAGCAGAGGAAGAGAAAUUUAAAAAGGAGUGGGAAGAAGACUGGGGUCCUAAAGAACCACCCAAGUCUCUAAAAACUGUAACUGCAGAAGUACACUCUGCCCCUCGUUCCAAACACAAAAAAGAUUUAAAGGGAGUUGCACAUGACCCACUUGAAACAGAUGACAUGGAUGAAGUGAACGUGAAGCAGGACAAACAGGGCUUCCAGAAGUAUGUGGAAGAUUUUGAUCCAUAUUCAAUGUUUACCCCAGACCAGAUUAUAGGAAAAGAUGUACGGCUAUUACGAAUAAAAAAGGAAGGAUCACUGGACCUUGCAGUCGAGGGAGGAAUUGAUUCUCCAAUUGGAAAAAUAGUUGUGUCUGCCAUCUACGAGGACGGUGCUGCAGACAAACAUGGAGGCAUAGUGAAAGGGGAUGAAAUACUGGCUGUAAAUGGCAAGAUAUUAAUUGACAGAAAGCUGGCAGAAGCACAGGCAACUCUAGCAAAAGCUUGGAACAUGGGUGGGGACUGGAUUGACUUAGUCAUUGCAGCAUCACCUCCGAAAGAAUAUGAUGAUGAAAUGACAUUUUUUUAAGGAAGACUACAACUCUUGAAAUGGAAUCUCUUCUCAGAAGAAACCUGCUGCUCAGUAAAUUAACAGGAAAUCAAUAACCACAUGAAAUGUAUUUUUAUUGACUGACCUGUAAAUUGAACUAGAGACAUCAGAUUCUUCAGAUAAUUUGAAUAAUUUAUUAUCAUUCUAUAGACAUACAGCAAAACUUUUUUUGCACGAUGAUUGAAAAGAACUGCUGACCAGCAUAGUUCAGACUGUGAGCGCUCAAUCUCUUUUUGCUACUUUGAGGGGCCAAAUUUUGCAAACCAUCUUUGUUUUCCUGGAAAUAGACUCUAAAAUGACAAAUGAAGAUAGAACACAGAUGUCUGUUCCCACAUGCAACACUUGUGAAUACACAUUCACAGGCCAGUUUGGGUGUGAAAAGAAUUAUAUUUUUACUUCCUAGAUAGUGAUUUUCAUGGGAAAAUGGGAAAGUACACAGGUAACUUUGGUUCUCAUAUUCUUGUAGCUUUCUUAAUGUCCAUUUUUGUUGUCUCAGUUGUGACAGUUUUUUGACCAUGAAAACCCUGCUGGUGAAAGAACUGGGAAUACCAGGAAUGCGAGCAUUAUAAUAAAAUCAUUUUGAUUGUGUUGCUCAUAGAGUAUAGAGAAUCUUCUGUACCAGCACAGUAAAUAACUAGCAAGUAGCUCAGACAAAAUCAUUAUGUGCAGUCACAUCCAUACUCCCGAGUAUUUGUAUUGUUGGCAAAAAUUCCUCCCUCAUAUAGUCACGGGUGGGAAAUUUGAGUGUGAUUCACAGUCUGCUGUUUUGUACUUUGUUCUCAGUGAGCCUAUAUAUGUGACUAAACUGUGCAGGAAGCCACCAAGUGUAACUUUCUGCUCUUGAUGACUCUGUGCCUUAGGUUUGUGUAAAUUCCUCAAGACCAUAACAUUGAUACUGGCUUGGUUUCAAGUAUUAUUACAGUUGUAGAUUUAGUAAUUAUGUUAUAGAGAUACCUCGUAAGAAGUGUCAUUGUCUCUUUCCUUUCUUGUACCUGCCAGUUUGUGUUCUGUUUUUCAUGUUUUGUUUAGAUUUUUCUUACCUGUUCUACGGGAGAGAGACAGUUCAUUGGCAUAUCAAAUUCCCACUGAAGUCUUGCCUUUUCAAGGUUUGGAAGCCCUCCUCCUCUCCAGCACAUAAAAAUAACAAUUACAUUCCUGAGAACUCUGUCCUUAUAUGCAGAUGCUUACUUAUGUUGACUUUCUUUAUUUGUAGUAUUCUUCCAGUAUGCCAAUUAAUGUGUGUGGCAGGGUAUAAAUGUUAGAAUAUUUAAAAUGUUUAAUUCUCACAACUAAUCCAGAAAUAAAAUUGCAUUUGCCAAAUGGAAGAAGUCUAGUUUCCUAUUUUUCUCUGAGUUUAUAUGUCAUAGUAAUAGUUUAUCUGCUAAAGUACAGAGAUUUCUGAGUUUUUCUUCAAUAACAGA